GACAUGACUUCCACUUCACCCACUUACCAACUUCUCCAUCUUUCUUUCCCCUUCUCUGUUUUUUUCCCCCCUCUUCAUCUCAUUCUCAUCAGUUCUUUCUCCAUACCAAAAAUGGAAGAUGUUUGGAAAGACAUGACUAAUCUCAUUACAAACAUAACAACCAACCGUCAAGGUCCACUCCUUCAAGACUUCCUUCCUGGUGGGGUAUUUUACAAGGGAAGUCCACUUCCGGACAUGAUCAACUGUGAUUCCUCACAGAACUCAAGUGGUGGUGAUGUUAAUUGUAACAAUGGGAACUUGGAAGUCAUGUGUUCAUUAUCUGGUUCCCAAGUUUGUUUUGAUAAGGUUGGUGUUGGUGUUGGUGUUGGUGUUGAUGUUGGUGUUUUUGAGAGGAAGAAGAUGGAUCAUGAUCAAGAUUUGAGCAACACUGGUAGCCGCGCCGCUCGCCGCCGGCGACGCUUGAUCAAUAACCGUGAAUCCGCCGCACGGUCGCGUGCCAGAAAACAGGCUUACACUGAAGAGCUGGAGAAGGCAGUUACCCAACUGUUAGAAGAGAAUGAACAACUCAAAAGAGAGCGUGAAGAGAUGAGGCUGGAAAUGGGCACUCAACUUUCUACCAAGGCCAUCAGCCUCCAAAGAUCCUCAACCGCUCCAUUUUGAUUUAGAAAAAUAUAUAAAGUAUAGAAGUUAAAAGUUAAAAAGAAGAAGACAGGGAUGUUUGAGUUGGCUCUCUAUUUUAUCUGUUUUUCAUUAUUUGUAAAAAUAAUAUAUGUGUGUGUGUAUAAUAUAUGGACAUGUCUUUUUCCCGGUAACAGGUAUUUUUUUGUUUAA